CUCCCUUCCUGGGUCUCCCCCUGCGGGAUGUUCUCCAGAAGGAGCCAUGCCGAUGUCAAGAAAUCUACACAGAAAGCUCUGGACCCAAAGAAGGACGUCCUGACCCGCCUCAAGCACCUCAAAGCGCUGCUGGAUAUUGUCGAUGGAAGUGACCUGAAGCAAUUUUUUGAGAUCAACUAUUCUCAAAUCUAUUUUAUCUUCUAUGAAAAUUUCAUAACACUGGAAAAUAACUUGAAACAAAAAGGGAAUAAAUCACAAAGGGAGGAGCUGGACUCCAUUCUGUUUCUUUUUGAAAAAAUAUUACAACUGCUACCUGAGAGGAUAUUUUAUCGAUGGCAUUUCCACAGUAUAGGGUCAGUUUUGAAGAAGCUUUUGCACACUGGAAACUCUAUUAAGAUAAGACGUGAAGGAAUCCGACUGUUUCUUCUUUGGCUUCAGGCACUUCAGACAAACUCCACAGAGGAGCAAGUGUUAAUUUUUGCUUGCCUAGUGCCUGGUUUUCCAGUGAUCAUGUCAUCAAGAGGUCCCUGUACACUGGAUACACUCAUUAGCCCUACUCCUAAUUUGCCUGAUGCAAAGAUUUAUCCUGAAGAGAUAACCCCACUUCUGCCAGCUGUCUCUGGUGAAAAGGUUGCUGAGGACCAAACCUGCUAUUUUCUUCAGAUAUUGUUAAAGUAUAUGGUAAUCCAGGCUGCAAGCUUAGAGUGGAAGAAUAAGGAGAACCAAGACACUGGUUUUAAGUUUCUCUUCGCCUUGUUUAGAAAGUAUUAUCUUCCUCACUUGUUUCCAUCUUUUACAAAACUAACCAGCCUCUACAAACCUGUCCUUGAUAUUCCUGACUUGAGGCCAAAACCAGCAUACAUUACUGCAACUCGGAAUAAUGAGAACAUCUACAGCACAAAAAUCCCAUUCAUGGCUGCUCGUGUUGUUUUUAUUAAAUGGCUCGUAACCUUCUUUCUCGAAAAGAAGUACUUAACUUCAGAGCAGAAUACUAAAAAUGGAGGAGAAAUGCUGCCUAAAAUCAUUCAGACUGUUGGUGGUACAACUCAAGAUAAAAACCCCGAGUUGGAAACUAGUGUGCUAUCAGAGCAAGAGAAAAAUCAUUCCAAUAGCAGCACUUUGUCUGAUAGGCGACUCAGUAACUCUAGCCUUUGCAGCAUUGAAGAACAACAUCGGACAGUGUAUGAUAUGGUACAGAGAAUUCUGUUGUCCACUCGAGGUUACGUCAACUUUGUUAAUGAAGUAUUUCGCCAAGCUUUUUUGUUGCCAUCCUCUGAUAUAUCUGCAACACGGAAAGUGGUUAAGGUAUAUAAAAAGUGGAUAUUGCAAGACAAGCCUGUGUUCAUGGAAGAACCAGAUAAACAAGAAAAUAUUCAAGAUAAUGUGUCCAACUUGGAACAUACAGAGACAGAUUGCAAACAUCUUGCCUCUGGUCAUUCUGGACAUAAAAGAUCUUCCAGUUGGGGAAGAACUUACUCCUUCUCUAAUGCUGUUAGCAGAGGAUGUAUACUAGAAGACGAAGAUAAGAACAUUAAGGCUGGUGCUCAGGCUGCAUUACAGGUGUUUUUGACAAACUCUGCAAAUGUUUUUUUAUUGGAACCAUGUGCUGAGGUCCCUGCUCUCCUGAAGGAACAAGUUGAUGCUUGCAAAGCAGUUUUGAGUAUAUUUAGGCACAUGAUAAUGGAACUUUCAAUGAAUAAAAAGACAUGGGAACAGAUGUUACAAAUACUCCUGCGAAUAACAGAAGGUGUCAUGCAGAAGCCAAAGGAUAACCAAGUAAAGGACAUGUUUGCUCAAAGCUUGGCAGGAUUACUUUUCAGGACUCUUAUUGUGGCUUGGAUCCGAGCAAAUCUGAGUGUUUACAUUUCUCGAGAACUCUGGGAUGAGCUGCUGAGCAUACUGUCUUCCCUUACUGACUGGGAGGAGCUGAUAACUGAAUGGGCCAACAUCAUGGAUUCUCUAACGGUCGUGUUAGCAAGAAUGGUGUAUGGAGUUGAAAUGACAAACUUACCACUGGAUAAACUAAGUGAGCAAAAGGAAAAAAAACAAAGAGGCAAAGGUGGCAUCUCAGAUCCUCAAAAGACAACUACAAUGGGACGAUCAUUUUCAUUAAGCUGGAGAAGUCAUCCUGAAGUUGCAGAACCAAUGAGAUUCAGGAGUGCUACUACCUCUGGAGCACCAGGAGUUGAGAAAGCAAGAAACAUAGUCCGACAAAGAGCAACAGCUAAGCGAAGCCAGUCUAUCAGCAACUGUGUUCAUCUUUAUGAGGCUUUGCCAGCCACUAAAAGUGUACCUCUUCUGCUUCACACUGUGAGCUCUCUCUUACCUGGUAUCUCUUACACUUCUUGCUCUCACAGACUUUCAGAAGUUGAAGAAGCUCAGCAAUCGGAAAAUACAACAGGACCAGAGUCGAGUGGCCUCUUUGCAGACCAGGACCAACAACUAACUCGAAGCAGUAGCACUUCAGACAUUAUAGACCAAUUUAGUUCUGAUUUUUUUCAAGAUAAAAAGACUGAGAGUUCGCAGAAUUUAAAUUGUGUGGAUUCCAAAUCCAUUCAAGACAAGAAAGGAUAUAUGAAGAAAGAAAAUGAAGCCCAACACGUUUUAAUACGAAGGAGCAGCAGUCCAGCUGAAUUAGAUUUGAAAGCAGACUUGCAGCAGUCGCAUGGAAAUCACAGAGAAAGAGAAAUGAGUGAAAGUAUUAGCAGUGACACGUUCAUUGGCUACAAUAAUGAAGUAGAGAUCACCCUGGUCCCCUGGCAAACAUGUGAAGAAGAACAUGAAGUUAAUAUACCAACUGAUGUUUGUGUAGAUGCAGAUGCACGUCAUUGGCUGCAACUUAGUCCUUCAGAUGCUGCAAAUUUAACAGACAGCAGCGAGUUCCUUGCUGAUGACUGCAGUAUAAUUGCUGGUGGAAACCUCAUAGGUUGGCAUCCUGAUUCAGCUGCUGUAUUAUGGAGAAGGAUCUUGGGAAUUCUUGGAGAUGUGAAUAAUAUCCAGUCUCCUAAAAUCCAUGCCAAAGUUUUUGGGUACCUCUAUGAACUAUGGUACAAACUGGCAAAGAUAAGGGACAAUCUUGCUAUAAGUUUGGACAACCAGUCUACACCCUCUCCUCCUGUUUUAAUUCCACCUCUCAGAAUAUUUGCAUCAUGGUUGUUCAAGGCAACAACCUUGCCAAAUGAAUAUAAAGAAGGCAAACUUCAAGCAUACAGGUUGAUCUGUGCUAUGAUGACUAGGCGCCAAGAUGUUUUGCCAAAUUCUGAUUUCCUAGUGCAUUUUUAUCUCGUGAUGCACAUUGGCUUAACUAGUGAAGAUCAGGAUAUUUUAAAUACCAUCAUAAAACACUGCCCAUCUUGCUUUUUCUUCUUGGGUUUACCUGGUUUUACAAUGCUGAUAGGAGACUUCAUCACAGCUGCAGCCAGAAUCCUUAGUACAGACAUGUUGGAGGCCCCUCGCUCAGAAGCUCAUACCAUUCUUGGUUCUCUUGUUUGCUUUCCAAAUAUCUACCAAGAAAUCCCUCUAUUACAACCCAUCAGUGAAGCUGAUGAAAUCAUCGCAGGAGCUGCAGAUGUCAAAUGUUACCUCAUAAAUAUUCUAUUGAAGAAUGCCACAGAUGAGCCCAGUGAAACUGCAAGGUGUAUAGCUGUUUGCUGCCUUGGAGUUUGGAUAUGUGAAGAACUAGUACAGUGCACAAACCAUCCUCAAGUGAGGGAUGCAAUAAAUGUUAUAGGUGUAACACUAAAGUUUUCUAAUAAACUGGUAGCUCAGAUAGCCUGUGAUGUUCUUCAACUGCUAGUUUCUUAUUGGGAAAAGCUUCAGAAGUAUGAAUCCUCUCUAUCCAGGAAAAUUACUGAAAUUCUUGUGGCCACCAUUGCAUUUCUUUUGCCAAGUGCUGAAUACUCCUCUGUAGAAACAGAUAAAAAGUUUAUAGUUUCAUUAUUACUUUGCUUGUUGGAUUGGUGCAUGGCACUACCAAUGAAAACCUUACUAGAGCCAGUAUCUACUGUUCUGGAAGAUCAACAUUCCUCCAAAGCUCCCUUACUGGAUUACAUAUAUAGAGUGUUGCACUGUUGUGUUUAUGGCUCAAGCACAUAUACGCAGCAAAGCCAUUACAUAUUGAGCCUUGCAGAUCUCUCAUCUAAUGACUAUGAUCCAUUUUUGCCAUUGGGAAAUGUCAAGAAUUCUGAGCCAGCACACUCCCAUUCCACUCCAGAUUUGGGAAAUCUACUCACUGUUGUUGAGGAAAAAAAAAGAAGAAGCUUGGAAUUAAUACCUCUAACUGCACGGAUGGUUAUGACACAUCUAGUAAACCACUUAAGUCACUAUCCCCUCAGUGGAGGACCUGCCGUUCUUCACAGCCUUAUUAGUGAGAAUCAUGACAAUUUUUAUGUGGAAUCUUCUGAGCUGUCUUCAGAAGUCUUCAGAAGUCCAAACUUGCAAUUAUUUGUAUUUAAUGACAGUACUCUUAUAUCUUACCUUCAAAUUCCUGCAGAAACGACUGUGGAUACUGAGGCAGCAGGAGUCCUCUCAGAUGUAAGAGUAAUUGUCAGAGAUAUCUCAGGGAAAUAUUCUUGGGAUGGCACGAUAUUAUACGGACCUUUGGAAGGCUGUCUAGCACGUCAGACUGGAAAUAAUUCAUUUGUGGUUUCGGGCAGUCAUGAAGGGCAAUUUGAGGCCCAGACAGACUUUUCUCAAACAGAAGAAGGAGAGGAUGCUCUUAACGAAUUGCUAGAAAAGAUUGGUAACACUAGUCCUGAAUGCCUUUUACAUCCUCAGCUAAAAUUAAAUGAGCCAUCACCACCACCAUUUGGUAUGAACCAUGAUCAAGAGAAUGAGAUCAUAGAAUCCAUAAUAAGGCAGAGUGCCCAAGAAAAAGAGCAUGUACGUAAAUGCAGUUCUGAUCUUGCUAUGAAAGUAGAGAGUGAAGAAGAACCAAGUUCUGCUGAACCACAAGCACCAUUUUAUUUCUGUAGGCUGUUGCUAAAUGACUUAGGAAUGAAUUCUUGGGAUAGAAGAAAAAGCUUUCAUCUACUUAAGAAAAAUUCUAAAUUAUUGAGAGAGUUGAAAAAUCUGGACUCCCGUCAAUGCCGUGAAACUCACAAGAUUGCAGUGUUUUACAUUGCAGAAGGACAAGAGGACAAAUGCUCAAUAUUGUCCAAUGCAAGAGGAAGUCAACCAUAUGAAGAUUUUGUUGCUGGAUUGGGCUGGGAGGUUGAUCUUUCAACACAUUGUGGAUUUAUGGGUGGUCUGCAACGUAAUGGCAGCACAGGACAAACAGCACCGUAUUAUGCUACCUCUACUGUGGAAGUCAUUUUUCAUGUGUCCACAAGAAUGCCGUCAGAUUCCGAUGAUUCACUGACCAAAAAGCUUCGUCACUUGGGAAAUGAUGAGGUUCACAUCGUCUGGUCUGAGCACACCAGGAACUACCGCAGGGGUAUUAUACCAACAGAUUUUGGAGAUGUUUUAAUUAUUAUUUAUCCAAUGAAGAAUCGCAUGUUUUUCGUAGAGAUAAUGAAGAAACCAGAGGUGCCAUUUUUUGGUCCUCUCUUUGAUGGAGCAAUUGUGACUGCAAAACUGCUGCCAAACCUUAUAUGUGCCACAUGCAUCAAUGCCAGCAGGGCUGUGAAAUCUCUCAUACCCCUCUACCAGAGCUUUUAUGAGGAAAGAGCUCUGUAUCUUGAAGCAAUAAUCCAGAAUCACAAAGAGGUAAUGACAUUUGAGGAUUUUGCAGCUCAGGUCUUUUCUCCCUCUCCUAGUUACUCCCUCAGUGGAACUGGCUGUCUCGCUACGAGUGCAAGUGCUGAUCUUACUGUAACCACAGGAAUAGAGUUAGCAGAGCAGACCUCUCCAACGCUACCCAAUGCCAUGAAAAACAAAGCCUCUGGGAAACUUCGGCGUUCUGCUAGUGCUCUCAGCAAAUCUUCAAAUUAAAGCACUUUGGAAGGGGAAGCCUAUUCAAGGGAAUUAGAAGAAAAAAAUCAGAAUAAAAUCAUUUACUGUAUCACUAGAACAUUGCUACAUGCUUUGGAUGAGCACAUAAGGAAGUGGCUUUUGCUAUAAAAUUACAGUUCCCUUGUGUGGCAAAACUUAAAUUAUUGAUGGACAGCUAUCACUUGAUUUACGUGUCAUGCAUUACACUCGAUUAUUGUUGUCACCAAAAUAACUGUCAAAACUGGAUCUUUUUCAGUGUGUGAGGCAUUUAACUGAUGUGGGGUAACUCACUUAUUUUCCCUUAGAAUCUGUAGAUGCAAGUACAGCUGUCACAGGAAGAGGAUGCAAAGCAAGUAUUGAAACCAAUUAUUUAAUUUACUUUCAUUGUGUUGAUCGUUUAAUCAUUCCAAUUAUAGUUUAACACCUGUGUGUAUAUUAGCAAAUUUUGUCUAAAUGGAAAAGAAGUUUUCAUUUAAUUAAACAUGAUGGACUUUUUCUCUUAAGUGUGGGUGAAUGACUGGGUGCUUUUCAGUAUGUCAUCAAGUGCUCCCUUCCUUUUCUGUUUUGAAUUGAUACCCCAGUACAGUUUUUGUGCAUAAAAACCAUAAGUAUCAAAUAGCUGUUUUAAGUAAUUUAUUUCAUUUCUAGGAAAGUGCUGCUAAUUGCAUAAAUCACCAAGACCUGGAUUAAAGUCACUUGGCUUAAUCUUGUCCUUUUAUUCAAGGGUGCAUGUCCCAUUCAUUUAGUAAAAUCCUGAAAUUGAGCUUGCGCUGACCCUCGCAGGAUUGGGCCCUUUGUGGGAUGCUGCAUAUUAACAUACCAGAGAGCAGAAUUAAGACCCCUGCAUUCUAUCUCUUAUUUUUGGUUAUAACCAUCACAUGCCAAUGCUGGUAAAUGUAAGGGUUUGCAGUUUUGGCAUCUGUUAACAAAGAUUCAUAAUUAUACCAUAAAAUGUAAUACAGGUUAGAGAUGUUAACCUGUACAGUUUGGUUCAAAUCAUUUAAUUAUAUCUGUCCAUUUAUUUUUUGAUAGAAAUCUUUGGACAUAGGGUCAUUUUGUCACAUUAAAUGUUGCAUGUGCUUAAUGCAUAAUGUGAGCUAAUCACUUUUUUCUGUUUGUGUGGAAAAAAUAAAAUGACCAGUGAUUUCAUUUAGAAAAGCAAAUAUUGCACAUUUGCAAUAACUACUUUUCACCCAGCUUUGUAUAACUGAGAGCCAGUACACAUCUUCAGUAGCCACACUGACAUAGCACAUCAACAGCGCAAUAAUCUGCAAAUUAAAGUAUCCCUAAUUAGUCCUAGAUAUUGUAAUAACCUUCCAAGGACACAUUACACUGUGUUCUUUUGGUGAUCUGCAUUAUUGUGCAAAUGUUUUGGAUAUAAAAAAAACCUCAGUACAAUUUCAGUGAAUAGUAGUUUUGAGGACUUAAGGGGAAAUUUUUGUACUUUUAGAAAAUUAAUAUUACCAUAAAAGCAAGGAAAAUAAGGGACACAUACUGUAACCACUUAAACACUUAAUAGAAGGUAGGGAAUUCAGAUUUAAGGCUGAAAUUCCGUCAUCAUUUAUGACUUUGUAUUGCAAAGGUCUCUAAACAGAUGUUGAUUUUCCAUAUAAUAAUGCUGUAAUACCUAGGAACAACAGGGUAUGAAAGGGUGGAGUUUCAAAACUGAAUUUCCUGACCCUUUUUUUUGUUUGGUGGAGGGACAGGGGGUAGUUGUCAGACACCUAACGUUACUGUAAGUUUGUUUUUUGACAUUUUGGCUACUAGUGUUAGUAUAUAUGUCUGAUUUUUGUAUCAUAACCCUGUAAUCUUCCUAAUCUUCCUCAGGUCUAGUUAACAUAGUCUCUGUUUGUGUUUAUUAAGCUGGAUGCACACCUGAAAAACUUAAUGCGACUUCUUACCUGAACUGAAGGGGAGCUACUUUAAGUAAAGCUCAAUGCACCGUUGGGUCGCCAUUUUUAUUUGGGCUUUUUGUUAUUGCACUCAGUUUCUGUGUAUACAUUAAGUGAAUGUUUAUUUUCACGUUCACAGUGAUCUGUGCUCAUUCUCUGUAAAUAAUGAAUGCUAUUUGAUAAAUCUUUACAGUAAUAAGUUAUAGCUUGGCAUUUUGUUAUUGACUUUAUGUAUUAGUUUAUUUGGUUCUAGUGGUAACCAGUUUAUCAGGAAAAAUUAAAAUGGGAUGCACUCAUUAUCCAGAGCAGAAACUAGAAAUUGUUACUUGUGAUGUUAGUACAUAGUCUACACUAGCUAGCAUGUACAGGUAAAUGCCGCCAGCCUCCUGGCACAGAGCAUAAUUGAAUUGCUGACAUUUCUGAUUGCCAUUUGACUUUCUGUUCAAACCUUUUUCUUUGCAUCUUUUUGAUUGUGUGUCUAUAAAAUAAGUUAGAAAAAAAUGUG